AAGGGGUGGAGGGAAAAGCAAGCCAGGAGGUUCUGCGGCCGCUUCUAGCAGUUUCUAGGCGCUGCCGGGCGGCUGGGACCGGGCGGUCCUGAAGAGGUGGCUGUGGCUGUGGCUGGUUGGGAGCCAGUGGCAGCGUGAUUGGAGAGCCGAUGGCCAAGUGGGGUGAGGGCGACCCGCGCUGGAUCGUGGAGGAGCGGGCGGACGCCACCAACGUCAACAACUGGCAUUGGACGGAGAGAGAUGCUUCAAAUUGGUCCACAGAUAAACUGAAAACGCUCUUCUUGGCAGUGCGGGUGCAAAAUGAGGAAGGCAAGUGUGAAGUGACAGAAGUGAGUAAGCUUGAUGGAGAGGCAUCCAUUAACAAUCGCAAAGGCAAGCUUAUCUUCUUUUAUGAAUGGAGCAUCAAACUGAACUGGACAGGUACCUCUAAGUCAGGAGUGCAGUACAAGGGACAUGUUGAGAUCCCCAAUUUGUCUGAUGAAAACAGUGUGGAUGAAGUGGAGAUUAAUGUGAGUCUUGCCAAAGAUGAGCCUGACACAAAUCUCGUGGCCUUAAUGAAGGCAGAAGGGGUGAAACUUCUAAGAGAAGCAGUGGAAAUUUACAUCAGCACCCUCAAAACAGAGUUCACGCAGGGCAUGAUCUUGCCUACAGUGAAUGGAGAGUCUGUAGAUUCAACCAGGCAACCAGCACCGAAAGCUGAGGAGUGGAAGGCUAGUAAGUCUGCUCCUUCGAAAACCCAGGCCAGAUCUGUUGGUGUCAGAAUCCCCACCUGUAAGAUCACCCUUAAAGAGACCUUCCUGACAUCACCAGAGGAGCUCUAUAGAGUGUUUACCACCCAGGAGCUGGUUCAGGCCUUUACCCAUGCUCCUGCAAUGUUAGAAGCAGAUAGAGGUGGGAAGUUUCACAUGGUAGAUGGCAAUGUCUCUGGGGAAUUCACUGAUCUGGUCCCAGAGAAACAUAUUGUGAUGAAGUGGAGGUUUAAAUCUUGGCCAGAGGGGCACUUUGCCACCAUCACCCUGACUUUCACUGACAAAAGUGGAGAGACCGAGCUGCACAUGGAAGGGCGUGGUAUCCCUGCCCCUGAGGAAGAGCGGACACGGCAGGGCUGGCAGCGGUACUAUUUUGAGGGCAUCAAACAGACCUUUGGCUAUGGUGCACGCUUAUUUUAGGGUCAGCAGCUGGGAGGCCAUAGCCUGCCUGAUACUUCAGUCCAGCCCUCUCCUGACUGGGGCUUGUGGCUCCCAGGAUCGCACCAUCCCAACCACUAACUUGGGGCCGGGGCCCCUCCCUUCCACAUAUACCUUGGGUUUGUGCAUGUUUUCUGCCGGGUGGGAUCAGAGGGUGAUUUCUCUUUUAUGUGUACAUAUGCUAAAUAAACCUAAUUUAAAAAACAUGCAUAUCUGGACGCUACUGAUGUGGGUGGCUGGUAUUAGCGUUCUCAUGAAGAUUUUUAACUAAAAACAAAAAUAAGAGGGGUUGGAAGACGUCGUCUCCAUUCUCAGUAACUGGAAGUAAUUAGUGGCAUGAGGAGAGAACUUGUUUCUCACUCCCAGGAGUUCCUCAGGCAGUCUCCUUUCAUAAUGCAGGCUGGGAAAAAGCUUCUGUUCCCAGGGUCAGAUUAACCAAUAAGCAAGGUACGUACGGGCUGACUUGUACAUACUUAAUCUGUAAUGAGCAAUUGCACAUUUUUCACCACAGAUUAGUAAGCACGCACAGGUCAGCCGGUGCGUACCUUGCUUACUGGGUAAUCCAUCCCUGUCAGGGACACAGAUGCCAGCCAUACCUAGAAGCAGAAUCUUCGAUGUGAAAAAAUGUGCAGUUGUUCACUACAGAUGAUCUGGUAAGCAAGGUAAGUAUCAUGGGAGGGUUUGUGCUCUGGGGUAAACAUUGUCAACAAACUUGCUGUUGGAGGCAGCAUCCUGGGCCUUCAGCUCUCCUUAAGACUCGUGUCCUCUCGUAAGAGCAGAUGACCACAGAUGCAGACCUGAGGUGUAGAAAGAGAUUUCCCACCUGUGGCAGAGGGGAACUGGGGGCCUUGGGUUAACAGCCCCACUUAGUGAGCAGUUCCUACAUACCAGACAGUACACUACACAGUCUCCUUGCAUUAGCUCAUUUAACCCCAGUAAUAGCCCUGUGAAGUAGAUCCUAUUAUCAUUCCUGUUUUGCAGGAACCUAAAUCUUGUAUUUUUCAGGUAACAUAACCCAUAUCCAACAGCUACUAUUAGCAGAGCUGGGAUGUAGAAUGAGAACCCCAACUAGAGAGCCUGUGCGCAAGUCUAAACUAUUCAUUGACCGCUUCAUCAUUAGCUUAUCUCCGUAAAGAGAGGUUGCUGUGCUUCUGGUAUAGUAGGCAUCACACCUGGAGUAGAGAAUUCAGGCUCCUUAGUACCCCCAGAAAAAGGAAGAAAUGAAUUGUCUUUGUUAGAAUAUGCUUAAAUGCCUGGUUUCAUUAAAUUUACUGAGCACUGACUAUGUCUGCCAAGUGCUGGGAAUAAAUUCUAAUGGGGUUUGCUGUUGGGCAAAGAGGUAACCCCCUGGCAUUAGGAGGGCUGCUUUCCUGGACAAACCCUGCCCUGGCUUCCUGCACCCCAGUGUGAGUCAGUGCCCUCUAAUCCAGACACUCCACCUCCUGCAGUUACAGCUAUUUCCUUAAAUCUAUUUUUGCCUGUUUUAUUAGGUGGCGGUGAGGCCUGCAGGCUAAUCCUGCCAACAUGACUUGGCCAAAACUUUGUGGUUAAAGUAAAGCAGAAAAUCAGUAUUGAUCUGGAUCAUUUAGGCGCCCCAAAAGCCAUCUCUGGCUGACUUUCCUCAGACGCGUACUGGACUGUACUGAUGUGCUUUGCUGUGGACUUAGAGACUUGCCUUCUAGGGGUCCAAAGAGAUGCCUUUGGGUAAGGAACCUGAACUCUAUCUUGAAUGAAAUCACCGGGGCCCCUCCGAACACAGACUGCUGUAUAACGCAGAGACUAUUAAAAAAACAAAACAAAACACAGGAGUCCUUUCCACUCCUGGCUGAAAAGUUGGCAGUUCCAGAAUAGAAAAACAAAUCUGAGUAGAGAUUACAAACACCUUAGUAAAAACCAGUGCAUCAAAAGGAUUGAUGGUGUUCGAAUGUGGUGUUGGUGAAGAAUAAAACCAUGCUGUGAACUGCCAAAAGAAUGAACAAAACAAUCUUAGAAAGUUCUGACACAACCAGAGGCAAGGAUGGUGAGACUUCGGCUCACUUACUCGGGACAUGUCAACAGGAAAGACGAGUCACUAGGAAAGGACAUGUUUGGUGAAGUAAAGGGUUAGCAAAAACAAGGGCAAGCCUCAAUGAGAUGGGUUGACACAGAAGCCACAACAAUGCGCUCCAAGGCCCCGGCGAUCACGAACAUGACAAAGGGCUGGGCCACGUUUCACUGUUACAAAUGAGGUCACUGUGAGUUGGAGCUAACUCAAUGGCAGCUAACAGCGGUAAAAAUGGAAACACCUGGCAAGGUGUCUGUCAUGGGGCGGAUGUUCAGUAACAGUUCCCAUCCCCAGUACUGAUGACGGCUGUUUCACUUCUUCCAUUGCCAUCCUACUGACAGUGUUUCAGUUACUCGUCUGAGCUCAAAAAGCAGAGUCGAAAAAACCAAACCAAACCCACUGCCGUAGAGUCAAUUCCGACUCAUAGCGACCCUAUAGGACAGACUAGAACUGCCCAGUAGAGUUUCCAAGGAGCACCUAGUGGAUUCGAACUGCCGACCUCUGGUUUAGCAGCUGCUGCACUUAACCACUAUGUCACCAGGGUAGCAUAGCUAAAAACAAACCUGUGAACUUGGUUGGGCCUGGGUUUGAAUCUUAAAUGUGCCACUUCCUACGAAAUUGGUCAAAUUUCCUCAUGGGUAAAAUGGGUAUGAGUACCUUGUGUGAGCCUUGGAGAUAAUGCAUUUGAAAGCAUGGACAUCUGCAGGCACUUUGCAAAUGGUAGCUGCUGACUUCGGAACUCAGAAGACCAAGUGUUUUCUCAAUCAGAACUGGUAUUUUGAAAUCGGCCAAAUUGUAAAUCCUAGGCCAAAGGUGUGGCCCAUGAACUUACAUUUUAAUAGUGAUUCUGAUAGGCAAGGAUGCAUUUUGAGAAGCACCACAACAUGUUAAAAAAAAAAAAAAAUUG